AACGAAGCCCGAUCCCCGAUCCCCGAUGCUAGGUACAAUCCGCUGGCCAUUGUCUGGCGCGUACCUGUCGCCCUGUGCAGAUUACGGGCAGGUACGACCAGGGCCAGGGAAUUUCCAUGGAAACUCCGGACUGAAUGAAUAUCAAAACCGAACGGGCCCUGGCUCCAGGCUGGUGCCAUCAGUUGUUAGCUUCACCCACAGCGCAGAGGUUGUCAUUCAAAUGGAAUUCGUGCCCAAUCACAGCUACAAGCCAUACAAGAUGCCGCCGCAGCAGCAGCAGCAGCAGCAGCCACAUCCUCGGCCUGACUCCAGUGAGUGCUUCAGAAAGGGCGCCUACAUUGAGCUUUCCAAUGGGGCGUUGCGCCGCGUGGAGGACAUACGCACCGAGGACUUUAUACAGUCGGCGCUGCGCAGUCAGCUCUUUGAUCUGCGCGAGGCCACAGUUGUGCGGAUCGACCGCGGACAACUGGCGCACGUAACCAUCACCUUUAGCUACGACACGAGAUACGCCAAGGUCAAUAUGGAGGUGCUGCCGGGUCAUCCGUUGUUCGUCUAUGGCCAGGGCUGGGCCUCCUGCAAUCCUCAGCUGUCGUUUCAGCUGUACGAGCUCAAGUGUCAGCAGCUGCAGGUCGGCGACAUUUGCCUCUCGCUGGUGCCCCGCGAGCAGAUUGCUCCUCCGCCUCCACCUCCACCUGCACCUGCACCUGCACCCCCUGCUGCUGCUGCUGCACUGCCACAAGUGCCACACAGAGGCUAUCAUUCCUAUCAAAUGUACGCAGAGAUGGCCAAUUUUGUGGCCGCCUACACCCAGCAUGUCAUUGACAAAAUGAGAAAUUAAUCUUGGACCUGGAAGAGCCUUUCCAUCGUAACAUUUGGGUCAUGCUCCAAUAGAUUUGAUCGCUAUUGCUGCUAUGACCUGAA